AUGUUGCUUGCUACUGAGAUUGUGAAAGAUUAUCACAAGAAAAACAUAUCAUCUAGAUGUGCUAUCAAGAUCGAUAUUUCUAAAGCAUUUGACUCUGUUCAGUGCCCUUUCCUUCUUAACAUCCUCAGCGCAAUGAACUUCCCCCAGCAGUUUAUUCACUGGAUCUCUUUAUGUAUCUCCACAUCUUUUUCAGUUCAGAUUAACGGUGAGCUAUAUGGCUACUUCCAGAGUACGAGAGGGCUUCGACAAGGCUGCUCGCUAUCUCCGUACCUGUUUGUGAUUGUCAUGGAUGUUCUCUCUAAACUCUUAGACAAAGCAGCAAGUGUACAAUGA